CGAUGGCCACGCCAUAACCCUAAAACAUAUCAGCACAGAGCAGACAAGUGUGCUUUGACUACGAUUUAUUUUCUCCCUCUUGGAUCUGUAUUAUUAACAGAACGUAACAAUGUGUAAGGGGCUAGCAGCUCUACCGGCAACAUGCUUAAAGAGGUAUGUCAGUUCAUUUAGUGCAAAAGACAUGAAACAUCGGAUUGGAUUCCUCCUCCAGAAGCCAGACUUAAACCCUGAUCAAAGGGCAGCUAGCAGUAAGGAGAAGAGCCCACCAGUGAAGAGAAUUACUCCACUGGAAGUCAGAAAGUGGAAGGAAUCUUUGGAAUCCCUGCUGAGUAAUGACGAUGGUCUUAGAGCAUUUGCCACCUUCCUCAAGUCAGAAUUCAGUGAAGAGAACAUUGAGUUCUGGAUGGUCUGCCAGGAAUACAAGAAAACCACUUCUCAAGAAGACCUGGCGUCCAAAGCAAUUAAGAUUUAUGAGCAGUAUGUUGCAGCUGAAUCUCCCAAUGAGGUCAACCUGGACUCUGCCACCAGAGAAGAGACAAGGAGGAACUUGGAGAACCCCAGUCUGUCUUCCUUCAACGAAGCCCAAAGGAAGAUCUUCCUCUUGAUGGAGAAGGACUCCUACAAGCGCUUUCUAAAAUCCAAGAUGUUCCUGGACAUGGUGCCACAGCCCUUGAGCAGUAUGCCUUGUGGUAUGGAGAAGAGGGGGAGGAGGAACACCUCUGAGUUUGGUCAGGCUCUGCCUCAGUGUGCUUAGAGGGCCUCUGGAACAGAGCGAAUACUGAGCUGCUUGCUACACAGUGUAGAAAUAGGAAAAGCUGAGUAUUGCAGUGCCAAUGCAGCCUUAUGGUCAAUCACAUUUAAUGGAGAGAGAGAUUCCUUUUCACCACAUACCUCACAGUUCAAACAUGGAUACAUCACUAGAUGAAUCCACAGAAAUGACACCACUCUCUUUGUCCAAUACCACCCUGUAACUGUAGGUCAUGCACUAGGGACUGAAAGAAUCAGAUAAACCAUUCUAAUCUUCAGAAGUGCUCUGAUUUAGCCACAGAUGAAUGGAAGCAAUAAUGUGCAUCUAACAGUGAUUAAAAAUAAUUAAUGAAGUUUGGACAUUAUUUCUUGAAUAAAAAACUUGUUUCCUGCCAGCUGCUGUGCUGGCAGUCAAACUAAUGACAAAGAGUAAAAUUAAAUAAUUGAUCAUUUGAUGCCAGAAAUAGAAGAAUUUUACUUUCACAUGUUCAUGUUUUUACCAUAUAUUUUAUGUAUGCUUUGCUCUGCGUGUGGUUACUGAGCAUAGCUCAACUACACUAUUGUAAACUGUCAACCGGGUCAAAUUGAGGUUACAUUGUUACAACGGAAUCUUUUUUGUCAAAACAAUGGUCUAUGUUGAAAAAUUAAGACUGACACAGUAGAAGAACUUUUAACCAUUACUUUUGCAACUACCUCUCAUUUUCUCUUCUCUCCACAAGUUCCUGACAUUCCCAUUUUUGCACCCACACAGUGCAGGAACAUUUUAGUACAGUGCAUUUGCAAAUUUAAUUGGCUGUAGAUUCCGUUCACAUAAUCUGGUUGGGUCCCCUGGAAAGCAUGAAUAUAUAUUAAAAAAUGUAUGAUGUAUUUGUGCUUUUGUAUGCAACAAAAUAUGUUAAAACUGCAGAGGCAUUGUAUAAAAGGAAAGUUAACCUUUCAGUGUUCUGAAUAUAUAACAUUGCAUAUCUCUACAUCCAGCGUGGACAUAAGUAAACUUCAUUGACUGAUGUACUGGUGAGGAGGAUGGAAGCCAGUGUUUUCAUUAUCUGAGUAGAUAUCUUUCUAAGUUCUGUAAUGUCUUGUUGUAAGUCCUGAUGUGAAGUAUCAAGAUAUGUGUUUGUAGGAUGAGAUCUAUUAUAAUAAAAUCAACAGCCAUAUUUAUUA